AUGAAUGCUCCAUAACCAGAUAGGAUGAUUGAGAAAUUUGUACAGUUUUUUAUCUUAACUCUUCAUAGAAUAAAUAGAUGGAAGUAUUUGUAAAGCAUGAAGAGUUGCUUAUGAAAUAGAGACAAGCAUAUGAGUAAAAACUUAAUAAUGUCUUUGAUCGAAAUUUGCAACUGGAAGAAAAAGAUAGAAGUAUGCAUGAAUAAGUACUUAUUCAUUCAAAUAGAUAUUAUCAUCAAGAUAUCAAAAUGAAUAAUUGAAAAUUUAAUAAGAGAAGUUAAAGCAAUUAUAAGAAUCAUAGAAAUAAAAGAAAGAUAAAAAACAAGCAGCAAAUCAAUUAUGGUAAUUAGAAUAGAAAGAGCAUGAAAAAGAUAUUCAAUAAAAGUUAUUUGAAAUACAAUAAAAGAUUAAAUAUGAAGAAUUUAAAAGAAAAACAGAUGAAUUAAUGAAUUAAUUAGACAAUAAUUUAAGAACACUUAAUAUGCGCUAUUUAGAAAAAUAAGAGAAAAAAGAAAAAUAUUUGAAUGAUUUCAUUAAUUAGAAAUAAUAGACUUUAAAUUCUUCUAUGCAAAUUACUCAAUCACAUCAUUAAAACGUAUAUUCUAAUUAUUAAUAAUAAAUGAAAAGAAUUUAAGAAGUAAAAACUUUGUUAAAUUUAGAUUUGUUAAAUGAAACUUAAAAAAUAUGAAAAUAAGAUUAAAUAAAUCAAUUAAUAAAAAUUAUCAUAGAUUGAUCAAAUUACUUAGAAAGCUCAACAAAGUUUUGAACAUUAAGAAAGCAUUAAAAAUCGAUCUUAUUAGAUUUAUUAAAAUAAAUUAACAAAAUUACAAAAUAAGAUGAAUUACUUUUAAGACAAAAUCAAUUUAAUUGAAAAGAAAAGAUUACAAUAGUUAUAAAUGAAUUAUCUAUAGGAAUAGGAAAUAAAUCAAAAAAGAAAUGAAGCUCGUGCUAAAUCAGAGAAUAUUUAUAGAAAUAAAUCUAUUAAUAUUUUAAACAAAUAAUUAGAAAAAGAAAAAACAUUUUAAUUAGUGUAAUAAAAUAACUAAUUAGAAUUAUAAUUGAAAUUGUAAAGAUUAAAUCAAAAAUGGUAAAGUUAAUAAAACUAAGUUUAUAAGGCUGAUUAAUUGAAACAAUCUUAUUUUUCAUCUUUAGAAUAGAAAAUAACUUAAAGAGAUUAACGCUUAUAAGAUUAAAUGUAUUAUAUUAAUCUUAUAAUAGUUAAAAUAAAUUGGAAAUCUAAAAGAGAAGAUUAAAAGUUAUAGAAGAUAUGGAAAGACAAAAAAGAGAUCUCUUAUUUAAAUUGGAAUAAGACAAAGUUCCAAUUACAAAUACUUCUGAAAUGAAAUAUUUGUAUAGCACUCCAAAAUAAUAGUAAUCUAAAUUGUUUAUUACAUGAUGAUAAAUCUACAUAUAUAAAUAAAUGAGAAAAAUUAUAUAUAGAUUUUCAAGGCCUACUUAUCUUGAUUUUUAAGCAACAACUCCUACAGAUUAUAGAGUUUUGGAUGCUAUGUUACCCUAUCUAACAAAUCAAUUUGGAAAUCCUCACAGUAAAACACAUUCAUAUGGAUGGGAAACUGAAAAGGCAGUGGAAAAAGCACGAGCUUAAGUAAGAUUUAUAAUUUAUUGAAUAGAUAGCUAGUUUAAUUAAUACUUAACCUUAAAGUAUCAUUUUUACUUCAGGUGCCACAGAAAGUAACAAUGCUGCAUUAAAGGGUUUAUAUGGAUUUUAUGGAAAAUAGAAGAAUCAUAUAAUUACCACAUAAACUGAGCAUAAAUGUGUUUUAGAUACUUGUAGAUAUUUAGAGGAUAAAGGAGUAGAAGUAACAUAUUUACCAGUUGAUUGUAAUGGUUUGAUUUCAUUGAAAUAAUUAUAAGAAUCAAUAAAAUCAAAUACAUUAUGUGUAAGUGUAAUGCUUGUAAAUAAUGAAAUUGGAGUAAUUUAAAACUUAAAAGAAAUAAGCAAAAUAUGUCAUGAACAUGGAGUGUAUGUUCAUUCUGAUAUGGCAUAGGGAAUUGCAAAAAUACCAGUUGAUGUUUAAGAUUUAGAUAUAGAUUUAGGUAGUAUUUCAGGUCAUAAAAUUUAUGGACCAAAAGGGAUAGGAGCAUUAUAUGUUAGAAGAAAACCUAGAGUUAGAUUAUAAUAAAUAAUUCAUGGAGGAGGUUAAGAAAGAGGUUUAAGAAGUGGUACUUUGGCACCUCAUUUAUGUGUGGGAUUUGGUAAGGCUGCUGAGAUUGCAUAGAAUGAAUUAUCAUAUGAUAUAUAGCAUAUUGAUAAAUUAUACAAUAAACUUAUAANCUUUAGAAUAGAAAAUAACUUAAAGAGAUUAACGCUUAUAAGAUUAAAUGUAUUAUAUUAAUCUUAUAAUAGUUAAAAUAAAUUGGAAAUCUAAAAGAGAAGAUUAAAAGUUAUAGAAGAUAUGGAAAGACAAAAAAGAGAUCUCUUAUUUAAAUUGGAAUAAGACAAAGUUCCAAUUACAAAUACUUCUGA